AUGCAGGUGAACCAGGUCCCAGCAUAUGUUAAAUGGCUCCGAUGGCUGACGCCUACUUUCUAUACUUUCAACGCUCUUUGGAUUAAUGAAUUUUUCGGCCUCGAUCACUCAAAGUAUGGAUACCUCUAUGACUGUCCCUUCAAUGAUAUCCAUGAUACACGCUGCAAAGAGUACACUGGAGCGUUCAUCAUGGAUAGCACCGGUCUACUAAAUAACGGUAUUUGGAAACAAAUCGCCGUCCUUUGCCUUAUUGUUGUCAUCACACAUGGUUCUGCUUUCCUAGUUCUUCAUUUCAAAAGAGCCAAGCAGCAUGUGCAACAAGUGGAGCGACCAUCGGGAAAGGAGCUGUUAAUCCCAGAUUCGAGCGGACCUUUUGCUCUGUCAAACCAGAGUGCUACACUUUCAUUACAGGAAUAUUCCCUUCAAUUGAGAAAGCGAAGUUUGACUUGGAGAGGAUGGACUGAAACGAAAUGUCCAAUAGUCGGCCCGGUGUCUUCAAGUUUUCGACCCGGGGGCUUAAAUGUGAUCAUGGGAGCAUCGGGAAGCGGAAAGACAUCGCUUUUAGCCACCUUGGCCAGCAAAUUGUCUUCGUCUUUCCGUUGCCGCUGGAAUAUAGCAGGGCGUAUCGCAUACGGAGGUGCCCGAAUAGGGAUGCAAACGCCCCGUUCGCUUGUUUCAUACGUCCCCCAAGAUGACCAAAAUCUACUUCCAGCACUAACUGUCCGCGAAACAUUGUAUUUUGCUGCCGAGUUGGAACUUGCCAAGUCCACGACCCCCGCCCAAAGGGCCGCGCGCGUCAGAAGCAUCAUUACGAGAUUUGGAUUGGACGAUUGUGCGGAUACCCUCGUUGGAAAUGCCUUAAGACGGGGUAUAAGUGGGGGUGAAAAGCGACGACUUUCGAUUGCUUGUAAACUCCUGACUCUUCCCCAGGUUGUGAUCUUGGAUGAGCCAACCUCUGGGCUGGACACGUAUAUGGCUUCCUCGAUCAUGGAAUUCCUUCAUGGUCUAUCGGUCGAAGGGUGCACCAUCAUUUUAUCCAUUCACCAGCCCACAUCGGCAAUGUGGUCACUUUUUUCGACCUGUUUGCUACUCACCCAAAACGGCUUGCCGGCUUUCUCAGGUGAGGUAUCAGAGAUGUUACCUUAUUUUAGCCAAGCCGGGUAUGAUUGUCCGAUCAAUAUGAAUCCAGCUGACUUCUUCAUCGACAUUGCCACCCCUCGAUUUGUGGGGAGCGAAAGUAGCAGGGUUGAGGGAAAGCGAGUAGAAGACCUCACUUCUCGUUGGGCGGAAUAUCAAUCCAAACAUCCAAGCAUAAACCAGCGCAUUGGUUUAUCUGAUAAUUCUUUGGAUAACAAUCUCGCUUUGCAGAAGCCCUAUGUGCAAUGUUCUUUCAUUUCUGCCACGCCAAUUCUUUUCCAUCGUGCUUCGUUGAACAUGCUCCGCAGUCCAUUGUCUUUACUCGCUCGUUUAAUUCAAUGUCCGGGUGUGGGUAUUAUUUGGACAUUGUUUGCUGCGCCGUUGAAGAAAGAUUAUUACUCGGUGCAGACUCGGAUGGGUUUCAUUCAGCAGUAUGCCCCUUUGGCAUUUAUCGGAAUGCUUCAGAAUAUCGCGACAUUUCCAAUCGAACGAGAUCUCUUCUAUCACGAAUUUUCGGAACGUCUCUACGGACCCGCUGCCUUUCUCGCCCAGUACACUGCCCUCGAACUGCCGAUGGAAAUUAUCUCUGCAAUCAUUUUCGCCCUUCUCGUCGCCUAUGCAGCGCAAUUAGGGCCCACGGCAACAGAAUUCGGCGUUUGCUUUCUAAAUGCUCUUUGCGUGCUGAACAGUGGCGAGUCUCUGAGUAUGAUUUCAGCGAUCAUCUUUUCUAAUUUGGGACUCGCGGUCAAUUUGACAUCAGCGCUGCUUGGCAUAUUUACUGCCCUUGGAGGAACAAUGAGUUUAGAGCCACCGCGUAUUCUCCAGUGGUUUAAUCACCUUUCUCCGAUCAAGUAUGCCAUUUCCAAUGUUUCCUACUAUUGUUUGCGUGGGCUUGUCUUGGACUGCACCGAUGAACAGCGAAAGGCGGAUGGCUCAUGUCCUAUACAGCGCGGGGAGGAAAUUCUGGGCUUAUACAAUUUGAGUACCGAGCGACCGUGGGUUGAUCUCCUAGCUGGAGUUCUACUUAUGGUUGGCCUGAGGUUAGUGGUGUUUGUGAUAUUGAAAUUGAAGGUCUCACGUUAG